AUGUUAGGAGAGCGCGGUGGUCUCGAUGCAGCUGCCCGUCGUUAUAUUGAACGCCAAAAACGAGAAAGGGAGCUUGCCCUGAAAGAAGGCAGGUUGACAGACGAUAGCGUGUCGGAGACCACUCUCGUACCUUACUCGACACCUAAUACCCCAGUAGAUGGCAGGCACGAUUGUAUUGCUGAGAAUAAGCCACAAUCCCAGGGGCAAAAAUCGGACACCAUACUAUCCGACCAUCCUGAGGGUAAUCUGCUGGGAGCGAAGCGGUCGGACAAGGGUGGAUUUCGGGCGAAGCUGAAGGAAUUCAAGGGUUAUUUACGAUAA